AUGGGACAGCAUGUCGAUGGACUGAAGUUUGCCGGAGGGUCUUUUUCGCUGUACGAGGAGAAGCCUUUGCGCGAAUUGAUUGAUAUGGCCCAUGAUCAUGGUGUCUAUGUCUCAACAGGCGGUUGGGCGGAACACCUCCUCACCCACCCCGAUGCGGACACGGUAUUCGAUCGAUAUCUUAAGAAAUGCAAGGACGUUGGAUUUGAUGUCAUCGAACUGUCUGCUGGAUUCCUGUCCAUCCCAGGGGAUGACUGGCUUCGUCUCGUCGACAAAGUCCACUCAUAUAACCUAAAGCCCAAACCAGAGCUAGGAAUACAAUUCGGAGCUGGUGGCGAUACUCCUGGCUUCAGUGUGGCUACAUCCGAUCCCGGCAAGCUCGUGAAUAUGGGCCACAAGUUUCUCGAGGCGGGGGUGGAGCGUUUGAUGAUUGAGUCGGAGGGCAUCACCGAGAACGUAGACACAUGGCGGACUGAUGUAGUCUCACAGAUCAUGAAAUCCUUGCCACCUGAGCGGGUGAUGUUCGAAGCUGCUGAUUCAAAAGUGUUUAAUUGGUAUAUUCGGGAGUUUGGCAUCGACGUUAACCUAUUUGUCGAUCACAGCCAGAUUGUGCAGCUGGAAUGUCUACGGGCUGGUAUCUGGGGGACUGCGGACACUUGGGGCAAAGUGGUUUCGUUUCGUCCAGAAUGA